AUGGAUGAUAUCCAAGACCGCAAGCGUCGUCGGUCUCGCUCUCCAUCAGUAGAUGUUGAGAAAAGAGCGACCAAAAUUACGAAACAAGAUGUCGAAGAAGCUCCCCAGCCCCUCAAACGAACCAGAUCUGACUCGGUCAGGGAUACUGACGAUCGAUCUAAAAGAUUGCGUCAGGGUUCUUGGGACCUCGAUUUGGAUCUCAGUUCCGGGAUUAACCAACUCAAAGGAGCUGCCGGUUUAUUGACUCCACCAGAUGGCCCCAGUAUUGAGUAUGCGGGCUGCUUCGUUUUCAACCCAUAUUUUGCAGCUUAUGGAAUCGACGGCACCCUUGUCGCUCUGACACAGGAAGCGAUAGCCCAUUUGGCUCCAUCCAUGAUAGCAGCACCUGAACCAUCUGCUAUGCAACCCACCCCAGAAGCAACACCAGGAGAAUUACAGAAUAACCCCCUGGAGAAUGCCUCCCAUAACUCAAAUCAACAAAAUCUUGGUCCUUCAAUUGAUAUAAAAAAUCUUGUAGUUAUAGGCGACAUCAACGCCUAUGGCCUCGUCCCAGGAAAACUAGAGGUCUACCAUAAUGUUACCGCUCAACAACCCUACGCCGAGAUAUUCAGACCAAAGACCUCCUCUUUCUCCCUCGGAGCUUUCUUUCCGAGUAUGAAGGGAUAUUCUAUCGAUUCAAUCGAACUCGAAAACGUCACUUUCUCCUAUCUGGCUUAUGAGGUUGACCAAUUCGAACUCACAGGAGUUUAUUUGAAAUCUGAUGUAAUUUUCAAAGGCGCUCUCCAACCAGUCUCAGACUUCCUUCAUGAAUACUUUGGUCAAGAGAAUCCUUCAAUCCACUUUUCUACGUACAUCGGCGCCGCUAGAGAUUGGGGUUCUUUUCCUUCGGUCAAUCAAUUGGUAUUAACCGGAUCCAUCGAACACAUGUCUGCCAAACUCUUCGAUUUCCUAGAGUUCACGCGCGUCGGCGUCGAACUUCUCAUGGACUCUAAAACCGAUCUCGCCCGGCGAACUACGAGAUGGGAAUUUGGCUACGGUUUUUUCGGGGAUCUUAAUAUCAGCGUUGUAGGAUCCCUGGUGCCGUUACAAUGUCAUUACCAUCUUCGAAAGUUUUCCCAAAGUUAUUUGUUGUCAGUAACUCUGAGGGACGAUGAAUGGAAAGAAGUCUUUGGUAUCAAGGGGUUGAAUCUUUCUUCUGUCCAUUUUCAAGCCAUGAUCAGUACCGCGACAAAGAAUACAGCAUUCAAACUCAGAGUCGAAGCUGACAUGCAAUGGCGACAGACCACCAUUCCGGUUGCGGGUACGUAUGGAUCAGACGAAUAUUCUCUGGAAGCAUACAUCGGUAAUCUGUCACUUCACGAUGUUGGAGAAUUAUUCCAACAGAUGAUGGAUGCAGAGCUCGAUAUAUUUGACCACGAUGUCGUGCUUCAAUCGAUGUACAUCAAUAUUUCGAAGGACGGGUUUGUUCUAGCCGGCACCGUUAUUAUCAACGGCCACUCUAGCGCUAACGCAAAAGUCGCAUUUAAAAAAGAUGGAAUCAGUAUAUCUGGUGGUGUUAGUGAUAUGUCCUUCAAGGGGAUUGAUAUCCAUAAAGCGGAGUUAGACAUUUUCAUUGGAACAAAGAGUCAGAACAGCUCUGAGCGAGAAACCAAAUUCGCUAUUAUGGGAGAUGUCUCAUUCGCCGGUAUUGAUCUCCGAGUUGGCGUCUACACGAAGAAACCCGGUGACGGCAAAGAGUUACAAUGGGCUAUAUAUGGCGAGGCGCAAGGAGAUCUGAAAACGAGUAGACUGUGUCCUGAGCUCGAGGGAACUUUCCUCGACAUUUCGCUAAAUGGUCUUGCUCUCAUGGCUUCAAAUCACGAGGAUAGUGGUGGCAAGUACAAUACUCGCGGGUAUCCGCUUGCCAAAGGAAUUCAAUUCUGCGCUAGGAUAGCUGAAAUCCCGGCGCUCAAGACGAUCCUGGGAACGAACGUUGAAGGAACAAUCCUUAGAGCGAGUUAUAACAACGGUGCCUUCUCGCUAGGCCUUAUACUCCCCGGUGAAAGAACAAUGACUUUCACCCCGGAUCUUUAUACUGGUCCAGUAUCGUUUUAUAUUCAAACAGGAGGGGGUAUAAAGCUGGGUUUGCAAGCAGAGUUCACUAUCAAACUCAAGGAACAAGAUCCGCUGAGAUUUGAUCUUGGUAUUAAAGCCGGUGUUGAGGAUGCUUCAGGGUAUGGAGAAAUGGUGGAAGGUUGCAAAUGGGUCAACCCGUGCGGAGUAGGAAAGAAUGUUGUCAUUAGCGGAUGUGCCGUCGAUAUCGGCAUUGUCUAUACCACUUUCGCUAUAAGCGGUAUACCGGGAAGGAUCGGAUUGAAGGGUCGAAUUGACAUUGGCGAGAAGCAGGUGGGGGGUGCGAUGUUAGUGAGCCAGACUUCUGAACAGCUUUUGGCUUUCACUGAGAAGGAUUUGGGUGUCGUCGACUUGGUCAAGUUUGCGUCUGUGAUAAUCGAGAAAGAGCUACCACGACCAGAUAACUUCUUGCACAUCACGGACUUUGAUCUUUAUUUAUCUUCUGGAGCAACAAUCGCCAACACGUACUACCCUCGGGGGGUGAGCUUGAAAGGUGACAUGCUCAUCCUUGGCAAAAGAGCACAGUUUGACUGUAAAAUUGGUUCUGAAGUCAAAAUCAUGGCGACGAUUGAAUCCUUCUCCAUCGGGCCUCUCAAAGUCACAGGAGCAGCAAAUAAAGACCCUAUAGUUGAUGCCGAAAUAUCAUCUACCGCCCAAAGAGUCUAUAUUGAUGGAGCAGUUUCGGUUUGGGGGGCGUCCGCAGCAAUACAUUUGAAUGCUGAUUUCCAUCCAUCCCCAAAAUUCGACUUUGCAAUCCAAUUGAAAUUAUCUGAUCUUUUCCUGGUUCAGUUACAAGCUAGAAUGACUGGCAAUGUCAACUAUAAGGAUCUCAAGACUUUUGAGAAUGCAGAUUUUGCAGUAUAUGCUAAAUUAGAACAGCAUAUCGUCCAGCAUAUAACGCAACAAUUGGAACAGCAAAUCAAUUGUACACAACAAGGUCUAAAAGGCAGUUUUGAUAGUGUCAAGAAGAGACUUGACGAACAAGAAAAGAACUUCCAGGAAGGAUGUCAAAUCGCUACUGAGAAACUGGCCGCUGCUCAGACUACCUGGAAUGAAAAACGUAAAUUAGUUGAGGGAGCCCGAGAUAGCGCAAAGGAAUACUUGGAAAGUGAAAAGAGAGAACUCCAGAAAGCAGUCGAUGAUGCAGAAAGAACUUGGAAGACACUCUGCUCAGAUGCGAAAAAUAAGCUUGAUAAGGUUAAGAGUGAAGCAGAUGCCGCUGUUGAUCUGCUAAAAGCGAACCUCAAACUGGUAGAGAAAGAAAGCGACGAAGCCAUCCGUAUAGCACAAAAUCUGCUUCAAAAUGAAAUAGAAUACUUCGACCGGGUAUUCGGUGCCGCGGCCGACAAAUUGAAAACGGCACGGGAGGCUGUGGAGAAAUUUCAAAGGGCAGUCGACAGCAUUGAAGAUGAACUUAAUCGUAAAAUCCGACAGUUGGAUAACGCCAAUGUUUUGGACAAGGUUGGAAUUGCAGUACAGAUUGCUGCCUUGCAUACUGGGAGGGCGUCUGCGUUGGGGCCCUUGACGGCUGCCCAGGGUGCCCUCCUAGGUAUUGAGGAGGGAAUUAGGUUGACAGGGUUCUGGGCUGCCAAAGCCGGAAUUACUGCGGCGGAGGUGGCCCUGAAAAGUGCGCAAGAUGCUAAGAAUUUGCCUCUUUCAGCACUUAGUGAGGGCCUAGAUAUGGCACUUAUUUUUCAUAAGAACAACAUUGACGUCGCUGAGGAGGCGCUUACUUGCGCCGAGAAGUUCAGCGACGAGUUGAAAUUAUUCGAUGCUGCUCGUGCGGCUUUGGACAUUGGUUGUCCAUUAGCGCAAAGCUCGCUCGAUGUUGCAGAGGCGGCUGUGAAAGGACUCGGUAACUGUAUGGAAUUCCUGGCAUUUGAACUUGCGAAGAAAGCCCUUGCAUUCGCGGAGAGUAAUACUACGGAGCUGAACCUGGCAAGAUACGCGUGUAAGGCCGCAGAGGAUGUCGCAAAUCUCGGUUUAGAUAUAGUAAAAUGGGGUAUUAGUCAUGCAGGAAAGCUAAUUGAUAUUAACAAAAUUGAGUUUGAGGGCUCGUUGAAGAGCUUGAUAGCGGAUGGGCCACCAUUGCGGGUAUUAAUCCAGGGUGUGCUAUGCGGGGGACAAUUCGCCGUUGAGAUAAUCUGGCAGCCUCAUUUCAAUCUGGUGGCCUUUAUCAAGGCUUUGUUCGACCGUUUAUGGGAAAUGAUUAAGAGUGGAGCCAGGGUUGUCGAGAAUUGGGCGAAGGAAGGGGGGUCUUCCCAGAAUGAACCCCUGGACACGAAGCUAUACGAAAACACCAAAUAUAUUAUUACCAACGUUGCAACUGGUACCGCUAUCGACUUCUCAGGUACGGAUGGUAGUUCAAUUUCCGGUUGGAGUAUGCAUGGUUGGAGAACUCAACAAUGGACCCUUGAAUCCUAUGAAGACCACUGGCGAAUCCGCAACGUCGAAAGCGGUCGUUAUUUAGCCCCUAGUGAACCAUUCGAGAAGAUUAACGGCGGAACCAGGAUCAUUAGUAGUACCGAGCCGGCCAAUUGGAACUUAGGCACGCAUAUAGUAGAUGGUUCGAAGGUAGCUCAUCGAAUGUUUGUACCAGAUUACAGCCCGGCGAUUAAUAUGGAUCUGUGGGGAGCGGACUCCGCUGAUGGGACUGAGAUUAAGCUGUGGAGUAUGGCGGAUGCGAGAAACCAGCUGUGGUAUUUCUCCAAGGGUUAG